UUCAUUGAACAUCUUCCAUCAACUCUCCAGCCAAUAUUUUGAGCAAGACCUUCCAACCAAAUCGACUGACAGUUGCUUGUGAGACGGCAGUGUGUUUGAGACCUCCCCACAUCCAUCGCUUCCUUGCUCCCUUUCUCUCUUUCGUUCCAAGAAGCACAACAGGACGACCAGGCAGUCAUGAGUGGCGACAUAGGCUUUGCCAACCUCCCCAAUCAAAUCCAUCGUGAGGUCACGCUCAAGGGGUUUGACUUCACUUUGAUGGUCGUUGGGCGGUCUGGAUUGGGAAAAUCGACGUUUGUCAACACCCUGUUCUCCACCGACAUCUAUGAAGAGGACAAGCCCUAUCCCCCACCUUGUGCUCGCAUUCCCAGCACAACCUCUGUGCAGGAGAGCGUGACAACGCUCAUUGAGAACGACGUUCAGCUCACGCUCACGCUCGUGGACACGCCGGGCUUUGGAAACGGCAUCAACAACACAGACUGCUGGGUCCCCAUUGAGGAGUAUGUUGACAAUGCGUUCUCCAAGUACGAGGGCGAGGAGUCGAAGAUCAGCCGCACGGAUAUCCGUGAUUGCCGCGUCCACUGCUGCCUCUACUUCCUCACUCCUUGCAUCCACGGCGUCCGUCCCCUCGACAUUGAAGUCAUGAAGCGCCUGCACACGAAGGUGAACAUCAUCCCCGUCAUUGCAAAGGCGGAUUCGCUCACAGUGGACGAGUGCCAGCUCCUCAAGGAACGCGUGCGCGCCACGCUGGCGGAGCACAACAUCAACGUGUUUGAGUUUCCCGAAGAUGACGAUGAUGAUGAAGAGGUGCAAGACGACGUUGCAAACGCCAGGUCUGCGUGGCCGUUUGCUGUCUCGGCCUCAACACAGGUACUCUUCGCAGAUGAUAAGGAAAUGCGUGGCCGCGCCUACCCCUGGGGUUACGUCGAAGUCGACAAUCCGCAGCACUCGGACUUCGUUGGCCUGCGCAACCUCAUCAUCAGAACGUACAUGCAGCAGCUGAUUGACACGACGAACAACGUCCACUACGAGCGUUUCCGUCAGCAGCGCCUCUCCAGCCUCUCUCUUGACACAUCCAUCAGUGGAAGCCCCAAAUCGGAUCCCAACAGCCAAAACUUCAUCGAACAGCUCGAAGGACAGCUCAAACAACACGAGAAGAAGCUUGUGAAGAUGGAGCGAGAGAUGACAGAAGUCUUUGAGAAGCGCGUGCGCGAAAAACAGCAGAAAAUCAAGACGCAAGAGGCGCAGCUGCUGAAGGAGCACGAGGAGUUUGAAGAAAAGUUGAAGAAGCAGCAAAGGGAGCUUGAGAUGCAGCGCGAGCAGUUUGAGCGGGAGAAGAAGGAGUACGAGGCCGAGGAGGAGAAGCGAAAGGCCGCACAGGCGCAGUCCACUGGCCGGCGCAAGAAGUUCUUCUGAGCACACACACACACACAUGUGCACACAUAUGUACGUGCUGUCACUGAUUGGUCGUCAACGGUGUUGCCGUUGCACAAUUCGUUGGUUGAGUUGACGCGUUUGUCUUGCUUGUUUGUUGUUUGAGCUCCCUUUUGUCGUUUGCGUCAUCUUGUUGCUGUGGUCAUCAUGCACAGUUUAUCACCGUGUUGUUUGAGAGUAAGUUAUGCCAUGGCAGCGUCAUGGCGUCCACAUACACAUACAUCGCAUAUGGAAAC